CCUCACAUUUCCCCUUUAUAAAACCCCACAUACCUCAUCCCCUCCUUCAUUCCCUUCCUUCCAUCUUUGUGCCAUUUCUGAAAAGUCUUCUUGCAAAUUAAACUAAACGUAUUUGCCAACUUCUCUGUGCCCACAUAAAAUGUGCUCUAAGGCCACGGUGACCAUUGGCAUUGAUGUCGUCCCAACCCCCACGGUGGCUCGAAUUAAUGGUAGACCCGUCCUUCAACCGACUUCCAAUCGCGUGCCAAGCCUAGAACGGCGUAAUUCACUGAAGAAAGUAGCCCCAACAUCUUCCCCUCCGCCGCCACCUCCACCGCCAAUUUCUCCCAAGUCGUUAAAAUCACCGAGACCGCCCGCAGUAAAGCGAGGGAACGACAAUGGUGGGUUGAAUUUGAGUGCAGAGAAGAUUGUCAUUCCGAAAAGUAGCACCAAAACCCCGAGUUUAGAGAGGAAGAAGUCGAAAAGUUUCAAGGGUACUUGUGGCGAUCAUGGAGCUGUGAGUUGUGGCGGGGUUUCUCCUCCUGUGGAGGCGUCCUUCAGUUACUCUUCGUCUUUGAUCACUGAGGCGCCAGGAAGCAUAGCUGCGGUGAGGAGGGAGCAUAUGGCGCUGCAACAAGCGCAAAGAAAGAUGCGAAUUGCCCAUUAUGGAAGGUCAAAGUCUGCCAAGUUUGAGAAUGUUGUUCCGUUUGAUUCUUCCAUUAACAUCACAACAAAGACCGCUGAAGAAGAAAAGAGAUGCAGUUUUAUCACACCCAAUUCAGAUCCCAUCUAUGUUGCUUACCAUGAUCAAGAAUGGGGAGUUCCUGUCCAUGAUGACAAGAUGUUGUUUGAAUUGCUGGUCUUAAGUGGUGCUCAGGUUGGUUCAGAUUGGACCUCAAUCUUGAAGAAACGGGAAGAUUUCAGGAAUGCAUUUUCAGGAUUUGAUGCAGAAACUGUUGCCAACUUCCCUGAUAAACAAAUGAUGUCAAUUAGUUCAGAAUAUGGGAUUGAUAUAAGCCGAGUUAGGGGCGUUGUGGACAACUCUAACCGAAUUCUGGAGAUUAAGAGGGAGUUCGGAUCAUUUGACAAAUAUAUAUGGGGCUUCGUCAAUCACAAGCCAAUCUCCACUCAAUACAAGAUGGGCCACAAAAUCCCGGUGAAGACAUCAAAAUCAGAGAGCAUUAGCAAAGACAUGGUCAGGAGGGGUUUAAGGUUCGUCGGUCCGACCGUGGUUCAUUCGUUUAUGCAAGCCGCAGGCCUGACCAACGACCACUUGAUCAUUUGCCACAGGCACCUACAAUGUUCCUUAAUGGCAGCCCGCCGUCAAACCACAGAGCCGGCUCUAUAGACUCAAAUGACACCAAAGAAUAACGAAAAACAUAACCCAAAAAGUGCUCAAAGUAUGCAAAGAUCGAGCAUAGUUUGCUAACUAUAUAUUUUACUGUUAAUGGUUGUGUACAAUAUUAUAUAUAGGCAUGUGAGAUCGACGCUGUGAAAUUUUUAAUGACAGUGAGUGAGUUUUGUGUUUGAAUUGAAAUAGAUAUGGUUAGAUCAUGAGAUUGAUUAUUAGGGAGUAGAAAGGUAGGAAAUGGUGGUGGUGCAAAGGUGGGAGCUAGGCGUAGCCAGACAGGCAGCAUGUGCAUGUGCGAUUGGGAGGCAAUGGCAUGUGCGAUGUCAGUCUGCUUUUUAUUCCAUGUGACCCAUCAGACUUCGCAUUAUUUGGUUUCCUUUAACAGCCUGUGUGGGAUACUUGUAGCGGGAAAGUAGGACCAUCCAUCUACCUUUCCUUCUUGCUCUCUUGCUUUCUUUUAUCGAGUUGUACUUUGAUUUCUAACCUUUUGGCUUGGGGGAAUAUUAUACCUAAAUGUAUCUUGGGUUUGGUGUGGUUUUCUGAGUGCUAUUUAAUUAAUUGAUACGUUUGUCAUGUGCUUGUGUGUACUGUUUGCUUACUUGUAUAUACUUUUUAAGAUGUUAAUUAACUAGGAAAAGAUCAUUAAGUAUCU